AUGGACAAUCUUGGAGAUGCUUGGAGGAUCCAGCUGCUGGCAGCCACAGCUCUGACACUGCGUUUGCUUGUCAGACUGUGUUUUGCCCCCGAUGAUGUCGACAUAAAGCUGAGCAGCAAGUCCAUUGCCGACGUCCUGCUGGGCCGCUUUGACACAGCACGCGUUACCUUGAACAGGGCACGCCGGUGGCUCCGCGUGCACAAGUGCGAGGUAGAAUGUCAGCUGGUCAACUCUGGAAUCAACCCUAUGUUUUGGCUGUUCGUGCCACUGAUGCUGGCUCUUUCGCCCAGACUGGUGCUCGUUGGCUGGCUUUUGGGGUACAUCUUUCUUCCCCGCGCAGCCAAAACAGAGCCUGGGAGACGUGAGACCCGCUUCACUGCCCGCCUGUCUGCAGAAGAUCUGUGGGGGUGCCGCUUGUGGAGAGAUGUGGUCACCUCCGGGCUGCGAGACAUCAUGAACUACAGUGUUGCAGGAAUGGUGGCGCUUCCCCGAGAAGUUUCGGGAGAGCUUUCUGCCGCCACAUCUUUCGAGGUGAAGGGUCUUCAGGUCUCCGAAUCUUGCCUCAUUUUGGAUGCAGUUGCGAACCUGCCGGGCAAGACGGUGUUCCAGUAUCGCCUGAAGACUGGCGUAUCGCUUGGUGAGGUAGAUGGAUGUCAAUGUAUCAUCUGGGAUGACCCAUGCAUUGAGGUGACUCCUGGCUGGCAAUUGCCCAAGUUCUGGGCACCAAUUGGAAGCUUCGCGGGCCUGGGAUUGCCCGACAAGUUGAGAUUUUCUCGCUUUGAGUUCCUGUCGGAUGGGCAGCUGGUGAUGGAGGGGCGUGUUGCUGGAGAAGGAAGCUUCUUCUGCGCAAUGAUGAAGCUUUCCCAAGCAUGCUUGCCCGCAUGGACUCGGCACAUGGAGCGGCCGGAGGUCGAGGCAGUGCCCUCCAGCUCAGCGAUAUCUUCAUUCGUCAGCCAGGCUAAGCUCGCGUUCGAGUACUCCUUGAAGAACCUGCUUUGGAAACAAGCGGCCUUCUACGCUGAGAGGCUUGUAGCCGAGCGACCUUGCGACGAAACGACGUAUCUGCUUGGGCUGGCCUACUUCCACAAUCAGGAGCUGGCCAGGGCGCAGUGGCACCUGCAGGGCAAUAAGCUUCCCGAAGCCAGGUACUUGCUUGCGAGGUGCUGCUCGCAGUUAAAGCGCUGGGAUCUCGCUGAAGAUGCACUUUUGCCUUCCAGCGCGGGAGGCAACCUCAACGAGGUCGUCAAUGGUGCUGCAGGCCUCUUCCUGUUUGGUCAGGUCCAGGAGAGGCAAGGCCGGCGAGAGCAAGCAGUCGAGUGCUACUUCAGGUGUCUGCAGGAGUGCCCCUUUAUGUGGGAAGCCUACGAGCGCUGGUCUUGGCUGGUGCUGGGAUCACCAUCCCCCUCGCCCGCGACUCUGUUUGUGUUGUUUUUGGUGUUCUAUUUUCUCCGGUGUUCUGCCGCCAAGCUAAACUCCAGAAAAGCGAAAAGGGCAAAUGCGGUGACAUUUUUACGUUCGAAGCGCUAA